CUGAUCCAUUCCCUUGUAAACCUGCGUCUUCUUAGUGUUGCGUUUCUUGAGUGUAGUUGAUUUAUUUUCUGCCCUCAUACUCGCCAUGUUUAAAGAAUUGUCGGUCCUCAUUUUACUAGGCGUAGUGUUCGCUGAUCAAAGACUCAGCUACGAGACACAUGUCGCUUGUACACUACCUGACGGUCGUGUAAUCGAGCAUGGUGAAAAGUUCGAGGACGGUUGUAAAGAUUGCAGAUGUGAUAAAGAUACGGUGGUGUGUAUUUCCGGAGCUCGUUGUGGAAACUGUGUGUAUGUAAAGGCUAACGGUCGAACAGCUACAGCUCAGCCCUCUGAGAUAUUCUGGGACGGAUGUAGGUGGUGCACGUGCGGAGACAGAGCCACUAGUGACUGCCACAUGUCAGGGUGCCCCUUUAAGUGUGCUUACAAGAACAGGGAUGGAAUAGACGGGUACGCUCAGUUCUUCCAAGUUUGGUACGAGGGCUGUCAUAGGUGCAUCUGCAGAAAGGGGUGGUCCUGGCAGAUUGGAAUGGGAUGGGCCGAGACUGAUUGCACGUACGACUGUGACCAGAACUGGCUCAGAUAAAUCUUCCGUUUAAAUGGACAAGAUAUUUAGAUGAUGGACGAUUAGAAAAGACAGACUGCUGAAUUUGUUUUAACGUUUACUGUGAAGGGUCUUGUAGAUUUCAAUAAAGCAAUAUAAGACCCGGUCUUGCUUUAUUGAAAUCUUGAUUUCUGCUAUGAUUAAAAAGGUCAAACAUUAUGUUUGUUGUUUAUAUGAGUUGCUAUUGAAAGAAUAUCGAUUCUUUCAGUUUUGUGAAAAAAUAUGAGAGUAAAAUUCAUAACGAAGCACUGAUGA